AUGGCGCGUACCAAACAGACUGCGAGGAAAUCCACCGGCGGCAAGGCUCCGAGGAAGCAGCUGGCCACCAAGGCCGCCAGGAAAUCCGCCCCCGCCACCGGCGGCGUCAAGAAGCCCCACCGCUUCCGCCCCGGCACGGUGGCUCUCAGGGAGAUUCGCAAGUACCAGAAGAGCACCGAGCUGCUCAUCCGGAAGCUCCCCUUCCAGAGGCUUGUCAGGGAAAUCGCGCAGGACUUCAAGACAGACCUCCGCUUCCAGAGCUCCGCCGUCUCCGCCCUGCAGGAAGCGGCCGAGGCGUACCUGGUGGGUCUGUUCGAGGACACCAACCUCUGCGCCAUUCAUGCUAAGAGGGUGACGAUUAUGCCCAAGGAUAUCCAGUUGGCCAGGAGGAUCAGGGGCGAGCGGGCUUAG